AUGCGCGUGUCUGGCCACAAUGAGGAGGCGGAGAGGUUGGAGGAGCUCUUGAGUCAGCUACAGGAUGGGGCGGACUCUUCGGGACUGUCCGAACUCGAUUCUGUCCUGGAGCUCCUGGUGCAGCUGGCCGGGUCCGUAGCUCCGCCCCCUCUGUCUUUCAGUCACGACUAUAUGCGCCGGGAGCGUCCCGUGCAGCGCAGACCACCGUUGGGCGGGUACCUGAGCCGGGACAUGCAGCGGCUGGAGGAGAGGGCGUGGUCUUUGAUCUGUGGUGAGGAAUGGGGUGUUUUCGGGGGCAUCUGUAGGACCCUGAGCAUCAUGGAUGCUCCGCCGGGCACUGGGCUGCUCGGACUGGGACGCAGACAGGAUACAGAGGAGAGGUUUGAAAGAGAGACCCGGCUGUCGCUGUUUGGUGCCCUACAGCACUCCAGAACGGCAGAUAUGGACGUCCGACUGGACCUGCCGCCCGUUCCAAGCAACGCAGACCUUACUGGACUCAGUAUACGGGUUCCUCUGUGUCUGGAUCAGUCUGAUGAUGAAGGCUUCCAGUCCGCCUCUAAUCUGACUCCAGAUUCCCAAUCCGAGACGAGUCCCAGCCCUGAGAUCGACGUGUGGGGCGGCCCUGCGGACAUUCGUGCCUGGAAGACGACGCUGUUCCGGGAGAACCCCCAUUGGCUGGUACGUAGAGAGAGAGAAUAUGUAAAUAUUCUGCUCUGA